AUGGCAAUAAACAGUAGUCCCCGAAAGGCGCUCUCGACGAGUGACAUCAUAGAGUGGAUAAGUGAAAAUUUUCCGUAUUACCGAACAGAAUGUGUUGACUGGCAUGGUCGAGUGCGACGUAACUUAAGCUCAAACAUGGCCUUUGUUGGAUUAGAACGUCCAAGGGAUCUCCCAGGACUUGGAAAAAUAUGGGUAUUGGCCCCUAAAGGUUACAGGCUAGGUGAUCCCAUUACCAUACCCCAUGUUGAGUUUGUCGGCAAAGCCAAGAGGUAUGACUUUCCUUCUAAAAAUCCAUCGGACGGUGCUGCAGCAGCACAUAUGAAUCCAUAUUUCGAACCCAGUCAUUCAGCUGAUGCCUCAAGGUCACUACAGAGUUCAACGUCAUCAACUCUGAUUCAGACGUCUAAAUAUGAUUUUAGAGAUGAAAUAAAGUUGGCAAUAAACAGUAGUCCUCAAAAGGUGCUGUCGACAAGUGAAAUUAUAGUUUGGAUAAGUGAAAAUUUUCCGUUUUACCAAAAAGAUGUGCAAGACUGGCAAAACGUAGUACGAGAAACUUUAAGUAGGAAAUUUUAUAAAGUCGAAAGUCCAGUGGAGGACAAGGGACUUAAGGAAAUAUGGGCAGAGUUUCCUACGCUGGAAGAGCUCUACAGAUUACAAGAAGAUAUGGCCGCGCAGAGCAUCGUAAAAGCAAAUGAGCCGAUAGUGGAUGCUGCUCUACACCAGCCGCCUGAAAGCAUGCUCUCCCAACAGCAGCAAAACGAGCCAUAG